GAAACAAAAGAUACCCAUCCUCUACGAAAAUAAAAUAUCGUAAACCGCUAUCGCAGACACAGAUCCUCAGACGAUCGAGCGAGACCAUGAUAGAGGAUCCUUGCGCGAUCCUCGGCGCACCGGCGACCGGCCGAGCAUUAAAACAUCUGAUCAGGAUGUUUCCCGUACUCGCGGUCGAGUUGUUGUUCUUCGCCAUCUUCGGUCAGACGACACACGAACAGUUCAAGGUAGAGAAGCUGCAGCCCGAGUGGACGACCGUCCUCUUCAAGCUCGCCUUCGGCAUUUACAUGUUGGUGUCGGUGGUGGUGCUUAUUAAUCUCCUGAUCGCCAUGAUGAGCGAUACCUAUCAGCGGAUACAGGCGCAGUCGGACAUCGAGUGGAAAUACGGAUUGAGCAAGCUCGUUCGAAAUAUGCACAGGACCACCACGGCGCCAUCUCCGCUGAAUCUCCUGUCUACGUGGAUCACGUAUUUCGUUAAACUCUGCAAGAAACGCUUGACCAAGAAGCAACAGCGGCCGUCCCUGAUGCACCUGAUGGGCGGUGCCCGACUGUCCCCUCGUACCAGGAUGGGUGCCAAAUGGUUGUCUAAGGUGAAGAAGAACACGCAGGUGGGACAUAAGGACAGCGUCGCCUUAUCGGUCGUUCACCUGAGUCCCCUCGGGAGCCAGCUGUCCUUCAGCAACACGGUCAAGAUCGACAACGUUGUCGAUUGGGAAAUUGUCAGACGCAAAUACAGGGAUCUUUACGGCGAGAAGAUCGAAGAGAAGCCGGUCGAAGAGGCUAAGGAGUCGACGGAGACGAAUCCACUGGCUGUCUUGGAGGGUUCAUCGAGCGAUGCCGAAAAAUCGAAGCUCGGACUUGGUGUUUGAAAACGAGAAGGGAAACCGCUGAGGAUAAUCAUCGACAAUAUUACGUAACAUCCUCUCGUGGAGGAGAGAAAGCAGAACUCUUCCUGUUUUCGCAUAUUCGCCGUAUUAAUGCGUUUAGUCGCAUGCGUUAAACUUGUACAUAUCGCCGUAGGGCGUGCGGAGUACCUUGUCAGUAUUUUCGAAAUAAACGCCUAAGCUCGA